AUGGCGUACCCGCCGCCUCCAGGUCACGCAUCGCUACCCCCAAAACCUCCUCCGUCUACUAUCUCCUCGGCGCCCAAGCCAAAUGCUGGGUUCAAGCCUGCCUUCACAGCUUUCGCGCCUCGAGCUGUAGCAAGCACAAACAAACCUAAUUCCGCGACGCAAUACUCGAGUGCCCCCACACAUAACUAUGGAGUACAAAUGCCUUACCAAGCUCCGUCUCAAUAUGAUUCAAACCAGUCGGCACCUGGUGCACCACAAAUGACGAAUCCGUUUGUUCCUACACCUUCUAUGCCUGGCUCGUCGACUGCUUAUGGAAACUACGAUUCUGAGUACGAAGCGCAGAUCCAGCAAUGGCAGUCUGCCUACUCUGGCAAGGACGAUAAGUCAGGCUAUUCUAAGACCGCUGCACCUGUGGUGAAGGCUGAUCCAGCGGCAACAGGCAAAGAGACACAGAAGACAGUACAGCGAGCUGGUGGUGGUACAACAUGGACUGAUGACUCCCUCCUCGAAUGGGAUCCAGCACAUUUCCGCAUUUUCGUCGGCAACUUAGCAGGUGAAGUCACGGACGACUCACUCCUCAAAGCAUUCUCGAGGUAUCCAUCCGUACAGAAAGCUCGUGUUAUCAGAGACAAGCGAACCACGAAAAGUAAGGGAUAUGGUUUUGUGAGCUUCGCAAAUGGCGAUGAAUAUUUUCAGGCAGCAAAGGACAUGCAAGGGAAAUACAUUGGCAGUCAUCCUGUACUGAUCAAACGAGCAAUGACUGAAGUACGACCAACAACAGUAAAAAAUGACAAGCAUGGCAGGAAUAGGAACAAAAACAAAGGCGCUGGUAAUCACGCCAAAGUUGAGCAUGGUGGCAUCGAAAAGAAACCUCCCAAGACCAAAAACGGGUUGAGAGUUUUGGGAUAA